ACUCAUUCGCAUUGCUCAAAUAGUACAUUUGCUGUAUGAGAAGGAGGGAGUAUGAUUGGAAAUUUCCCUUAGAAGCAUCAACUUUAAUUGGGUCAGAGCUUCUUCAUUUUCUUAAGUCUUCUUCUCCCGAUUACAGUCAAUCAUGAGCCACCACGACAUGGUGGUGAAUGCUAUCAGUGCCAUGCUCGAUGAAGUAGAACCACUGGUAACCGCCGACUGUUGCAUCUACAAAGUCCCCUCCGUUAUUGGCAGACUCAGCGACCACGCAUACACCCCCAAAGUCAUUUCCAUCGGUCCUUUCCACCACCGUCACGACCACCAUCCCCGCCUCCAAAACAUGGAACGACACAAACUCAUUUACUUCAAAGCAUUUCUGCAAACAACCGAUUCAACUCUACAAACCUUGAUUCACUACAUAGAUUCUAUCAUACCUAAUUUUCGUCGUUGUUAUUCCGAAACCCUAGAUUUCACCGAUCAGGACCUCGUUAAGUUAAUCUUAAUCGAUUCUGGUUUCAUAAUCGAGUUAUUCUGGAGAUACUAUGAUCAUGAUUGGUCUCAAGAUGAUGAUUUUCUCUUAAAACCUUGGUUAGCUUCUCAUAUAAGAUUAGAUUUAUUGUUACUCGAAAAUCAGUUACCCUUCUUUGUUGUCGAAAAAAUCUUCAAUAUUUGUUUUACUACUUCUACUUCUACACAUGCUAAUGAUAUGACUAAGAUCCCUUCUUUUCUUGAACUCACUUUUGAAUAUUUUGCUUGUUACAAUAAGUCAAACUUGGUUUCUGAUAAGGGUGAUAUUAGCAUAAGGCAUUUCACUGAUCUAAUUAGAAUUUUCCACUUGCAACAUCCAUUGGAAAGACGGCCGCGUAGAAUCGAUAAACCUAUGGAACAUCUACACUGUGUAACUGAGUUGUUAGAAGCAGGUGUUAGGUUUAAAGUGAACACUGAAAGUGAGUGUUUACUUGACUUGAGAUUUUCGGGUCGAGUUCUUGAAAUACCUCAAUUGAAAGUCGAGGAUUGUACUGAGAUUUUGUUCCGGAAUAUGGUUGCUUUGGAGCAAUGUCAUUACCCUAAGGAGUCUUACAUUACGGAUUAUGUUGCUGUUUUGGAUUUUCUUAUUAAUACCGGAAGGGAUGUGGAUAUACUUGUUCAGAAGGGAAUAUUGGUUAAUUGGCUUGGGGAUAGUGAUUCUGUGGCUAAUUUGGUUAAUAGUCUUUGGAAAAAUGUUACACAUUCGUAUUUCAAUUCUCAUUACUCUAAACUUUGUGAAGAUUUGAAUGGUUUUUGUAGUGAUCCUUUGCAUAUAUUGAAGGCUACUCUCAGGCGCGAUUAUUGUAGCAGUCCUUGGCAAACUGCGGCUUCCAUUGCUGGAAUUUUACUACUGAUUCUCUCUUUAAUUCAAUCAGUUUGUUCUGUCUUGCAAGUCUUGCCAAGACAAGUCUUGCCGAAGUAGAAUGGCUCCUAAUACUCAGGAGUAGUAUUGCUGAAGUAAGUGGAAGGUAGCUCAUUCGAGAUUUAGCCGGAGAGCUUCCGUAUUCUAGUUUGGAGACUAGGUAGUGAGUCAAUGCUUUGGUCAAGUAACAAGGGAUAAAUUAGUAGUAUUGAACUCAUAUCUUAUUUGGAUAUGCAUUAUGUUAUUACUUAUGAACAUGUUUAUUUGCAAUUGCUGUUGAGAGACCGUAGUGUCAAAUAUUCUGGAUAUGAUCUUCUUUUAUCUUGAAGAGAUUAUUGAGUGAUGAUCAUGGUAUAUGAGACAUGGAUCAUUUUAUGAAAUGCAUGAGUAUUCAUUA